AUGUGCAUUGGGCGCAUGGCUCGCAAAGUGGGCUCGGAGGACGAAGUCCGCCCAGUCGGUCGCGCGGAGGCCGCGCGCGCCCAGGAGGCGCGGGCCGCGCUGGCCGCCGCAGCAGCCGACCGCAACGCUGGCGGAAGGCAUCCUGGCCACGCGGCACAGGGGGGGGCGACCCUGACCACGGCAGGUCCCGCAGGGCAGUGGCUCACGCCCGCCACGAGGCCUUUGAAGUGCUGGGAGUUGUUCUUGCUCUUAGGCGUGGCGCUGCUCGCCUGGGAGAACCAGUCACGUGCGUGGCACGUUGUGUACCUGAAUGACUGCAACUACCGCUUUCCGAGAAAAGGAAAGGGUUCCAAGAACAAGAACAAGGACAAGGACAGCAGGCUGAGGAAACAUUGGGUCCCGAUCGCCGGCGCGGGCGCGCUCCUCGCCGUGGUCGUCGUCAUCGCCGUCACCGUCAAGGGCGCAGCUGGCACUGCGAACGACGGCCGAGGUCUCCAGGGCUCUACCCCCACGACCUCGGACGCGCCAGAGGUCUCGGCGCCGAACUCGCCGCCGUCCCUGCGGUCGCAGGCGCCCGCGCCCGCGGACACGCAGGCAAGCACCACAGAGAAGGCUGUCAGCGUGGUGACCUCCACGACCACAGCGCCCUUCACUGGGGCGGCCCAGCGGAAGCUGUUCCAGUUCGUCGAGAAUCUGGACGACACGGUGGCCGUGAGGACCAGCAAUGGUGGCUACAUCAGCGUAUCCGAUGGCGACAACCUUGGCACCGCCCCUGCGAUCGGCAAGCACGAGUCUUUCAAGCUCAUCGACCACCCUGACGGUACCAUCAGCCUGGAGAGUUGGGCUGGUUCAUUCAUCGCGGCCAAGGGCGAUGAAGUCAAGCUCGCCAAGAAGAAGGGCAAAUUUGAGAAGCUGAAGAAGAUCGAGCAGGAGGACGGCGCCGUCAUGCUCGAGACCGCCGAUGGCGAGCACGUCAGCAGCGAGGCGUUCUCUGACGAGCGGGGCCGCUUCGCCGUCUACGCCCGGGAGGCCGAGGAGGCGGGUGACGCUGAGAAGUUCCACGUUGAGGUCAACUCGGACCACACGGCGUCCCUGAAGAGCCUCCACGGUACACGUGCAGCCGCCCGGCAGGGGAGGAGCUUAGGAGGGACCCUUGCCCGCUUGUGUGCUCCCCUCUCUGUCAGACACUGUCUUGAGUGCCUGCGUUGUGGCUUAGCGUGCAGGGGUGCUUCGCCACCGCCCGGCCAGGACCGCCCUUGCAUCCUCUCUCUUCCCGACCACGGUUGCGAGUCGGUGAAGCGCAUGUUCCCCGCCUGUUGCAUGACAUGCUCUUGCGGCCUGUAA